UUUUAGAAAAAUGUAUCCUGAAGGUGGCGUAUUAGAAAAGUAUCGAUGUAAACACAACGACGAAGAAAGAGGAUGGGUAUCAACUUGCACUUCAAUUGAAUUAAAUGUUGCUCUAGAAGAAGGGUAUACUGUAACAAAACUCUUUCGAGUACUAGAGUACAACAAAUCGGACUCUGAAUUGUUCCAACCUUAUAUCUCAGAGUUCAUGGCUGAAAAAAUACAUUCAUCAGGUUUUGACAGUAACAUCAAAGACAACGUUGAAGCAGAAGACCAGUUUAUUGAAGAAUGUAUAAAAAAAUUUGGCAUUAAAAUUGAACGAAGUAAAAUGAAUCCCAACAAGGGUCGGAGGACCCAGGCCAAACUUAUGUUAAAUAAUCUUUGUAUGUUUAACUUUUUUAAAUCAGGAUAA